AUGGCAUCUCACACUGCGGACGAGUCACUCAAGCAUGGAGCUCAUCAGGUCGAAGAGGUGUUCGGCGCUCAUGCUAUUGUCGAUGCUAAGCAUGCCUCAGACGCUGAGCACAAUACGCCCCUCAUCGAAGUUAUCAAGAAGAACAAGAAAGCCAUUCUGUGGUCGAUGGUCAUGUCUAUGACUGUUGUUAUGGAAGGCUACGAUACAAUCCUCAUGUCAAGUUUCUUCGCCUACCCAUCAUUCGCCAAGAGGUUCGGCGCCUUCAAUGCAGCUACCAAUGACUAUCAACUUACUGGCGCUUGGCAAACGGCUCUCAACAACGCGAGUAACGUCGGUAUCGUUCCUGGUAUCUUCUUGAACGGAUGGCUGGCUGCCAAGUAUGGUUACCGCAAGGUCAUCAUUGUCGCUCUGUUCUUCCUCAAUGCCUUCAUCUUCAUCACUUUCUUCGCACCCAACAAGCCUGUUCUGGUCGUCGGUCAGAUUCUCUGCGGUUUCUCAUGGGGUGUUUUUGCGACUAUCGGCCCAGCUUAUGCUUCUGAAAUCGUUCCGCUCCAGCUCAGAGGCUACUUGACUUCCUAUGUCAACCUUUGCUGGGCUAUCGGACAAUUCAUCGCAGCCGGAGUACUCAAAGGUCUUGUUGCCAGAACUGAUCAAUGGUCAUACCGUAUCCCUUUCGCCGUUCAAUGGGCUUGGCCCGUCCCUCUUAUGGUCGCAUGUUUCUUCGCCCCCGAAUCGCCUUGGUACAUGGUCAGAAAUGGCAGACUGGAGGAAGCCGAGCACAUUCUCAAGCGUAUCUCGUCCAACACCAGCCAAGACGAGAUCAAGGGAACACUUGCGAUGAUGGUCCAUACCACCGAGAUUGAGAACCAACUUGACAACGAGGCAUCACAAACAUCCUACAUCCAAUGCUUCAAAGGCACUGAUCGUCGACGUACCGAGAUCUGCUGCAUGACUUUCAUGGGCCAACUCUUCUCCGGAUCCUGCUUCGCCUACACACCUACCUACUUCUUCCAGCAAGCAGGAAUUAAAGACACAGUAUCCUACAGCAUCGGUCUCGGAGGCACCGCCGUCGCCUUCUGCGGCACCAUCGCAUCCUGGCUCAUCCUUGCGAGAGUCGGCAGAAGAAAGAUCUACACGACCGGCAUGGGUGUCCUUUGCAUCCUGCUUCUCAUCAUCGGUAUUGUCUCCGUGGCAAGCACAUCUGACGGCGCAAAAUGGGUUGCUGGUGCCUUGACCGUUGUCUGGCUCCUCACUUAUUCCUUGACUGUCGGCCCUGUCGCCUAUACCAUCGUCAGUGAAACCUCUGCCAUCCGUGUUCGCGCAAAGACAGUCUGUCUAGCCCGUAACGCCUACGCCCUGAUGAACAUCGUCUGCUCCACCCUCGAAUCCUACUUCAUGAACCCCACCGAAUGGAACCUCAAAGGCAAAACAGCAUUCUUCUGGUUCGCCACCUCUUUCCUCACUUUCGUAUGGGCAUACUUCCGUCUCCCCGAAGCCAAAGACCGCAGUUACGAGGAGAUGGAUUUGCUGUUUACUAAGGGUGUUUCGGCGAGGAAGUUUGCCAGUUACAAGAUUGAUGCUUAUGCGGGUGCUGCUGUUGACAGCAAGACGGAGAUUCUUUAUGAAGAGAAGGUUGCUCAGUGAAGAUGAGUGGUAGAGGGGGGGUCAAUGCAGGUUGGGAUAGGAAGGAGAGUUCCAAAUGAAUG